AACUCAUUCAAUUCAAAAAAAAAAAAAAAAACUCUCCACAUAUCUAUUACUUCUACGCUAACUAGAGAGGGAGAUUAUUGCUCUAAAGUUAUUAAUUAGGAUGGAGGAAGUAAAGAAGAGGGAUUGUAUGGAGAAGGCAAGGCCAUUCAUUUCAAUGGUAGUGUUGCAAGUAGGGCUAGCAGGAAUGGAUAUUCUCUCAAAGGCUGUCCUAAACAAAGGCAUGAGCAAUUACGUUCUUGUUGUUUACCGUCACGCCGUUGCAACUGUCGUUAUGGCUCCGUUCGCCUUCUAUUUCGACAAGAAGGUGAGACCGAAGAUGACACUGAUGAUAUUCUUCAAGAUAUCACUCCUUGGUUUACUCGAGCCAGUGAUCGACCAGAACUUAUACUAUCUCGGGAUGAAAUAUACGACGGCGACAUUUGCAAACAGCAUGUACAACGUCCUACCUGCAAUCACUNNNNACCUGGACCUUAUUAUCUGGGCUCGAAAGAGUAAGCUACGGUGCAUUAGGAGCGCGGGUAAGGUGGUUGGGACAUUGGCUACUGUUGGAGGAGCCAUGAUCAUGACACUUGUCAAAGGCCCAGUUGUUGACCUCUUUUGGACCAAAGGAGUCUCUGCACAUAACACAGCUGGGACCGACAUUCAUAGUGCCAUCAAAGGCGCAGUAUUGGUCACAAUUGGUUGUUUUAGCUAUGCAUGUUUCAUGAUUCUCCAAGCGAUAACAUUAAGGACUUACCCCGCUGAGCUCUCUCUCACAGCAUGGAUAUGCCUUAUGGGGACAAUAGAAGGAACCGCCGUGGCAUUAGUGAUGGAGAAAGGAAAUCCCGGCGCAUGGGCCAUUGGUUGGGACACUAAACUUCUUACAGCCACCUAUAGUGGGAUAGUGUGCUCAGCAUUGGCUUACUACGUUGGAGGAGUGGUGAUGAAAACCAGAGGUCCUGUGUUUGUGACAGCUUUCAGUCCUCUUUGUAUGAUCAUAGUAGCGAUUAUGUCGACCAUCAUCUUUGCUGAGCAAAUGUAUCUUGGAAGGGUUCUUGGUGCGGUAGUUAUAUGUGCAGGAUUAUACCUUGUGAUAUGGGGCAAAGGCAAAGAUUACAAAUAUAAUUCCACACUGCAAUUAAAUGACGAAUCAGCACAACCAAAGCUAGAACUAAUCGGGAAGGAUAAUGUUGAUCAUGAAGUCAUUACUAUAAGCAAGCAAGGAGAACAAAGAAGAACAGUUGUAGAAACAGUCUAACUUAACGGUAUCGGCACAAAUGUUUUUCAUGGAGGAGUAACGUAUAGCAGUUUCAUUUGUUGUCCACUAUGUUUCAGAGCAACAAUACCAUAGAAUUGCUAACUACCAUGGGAGAAAAAUAAUUGUCUAAUUAAGAGGAACAGAGAUGCAAAAAAAAAAAAAUGAUGAAAUUAUUGGAUUCAUGCAAUACACAAUGUAUAUGAUCAUUGCAGUUGUAUUGGCUACACCAAAAAUUGUGACAAUAUUCCAGAGAAUAAAUAUCGACUAUUUGGGACAA